AAGACUUGAAAAAGAGAAUUAAGGAGUUAGAGAAAAGUAAUGAAGUGUUACGAUCACUAUUUGAAGAAACCAAAGUCAAUAUUAAUAAUUUAGAAGAAAAGGUUGAAGAAGAAGCCAAAACCAAACAAGAAAUUAUUAAUAUUUUAGAAGAGAAGGUUAGAGUGCAAGAAGAAGAAACCAAAGUCAAUAUUACUAAUUUGGAAGAAAAAGUUAAAGAACUAGAAGUUAUAUCCAAAAAAUAG